CUCUCCUUCUCUUCGUUUAUGUUAUUGUUCGUUUACUUUUCGUUUUCCGAUUCGUCCUUGAACUGUGUCGAAAAAACGCUUUUGACUACGUCUUCUUACUGUGAAGACUCGGACACCUGAGGGACAGUACUUUUAGUGAAUAUGUCAAUUUUGCCUUUCACUCCCCCCAUAGUAAAAAGGCUGUUGGGGUGGAAAAAGGGAGAACAGAACGGACAAGAGGAGAAAUGGUGUGAAAAAGCAGUUAAAAGUCUUGUCAAGAAACUAAAGAAGACAGGACAACUAGAUGAAUUAGAGAAAGCCAUCACAACUCAGAAUGUCAACACGAAAUGUAUCACAAUACCAAGCACUUGUGGCUUUGUGUGGGGCAUCUGUGGAGCUAACUCUCUCUCUCUCUCUCUCCCUCUCCCUCUCUCCCUCCACCUGUGUCGUCCCAGGUCUCUGGACGGGCGUUUGCAGGUGUCUCACAGGAAGGGUCUUCCUCAUGUUAUCUACUGCAGACUGUGGCGUUGGCCUGACCUCCAGUCUCAUCAUGAGUUGCGGGCUGUGGAGCUCUGUGAGUACGCCUUCCACAUGAAGAAGGAUGAAGUGUGUGUCAACCCUUACCACUACCAGCGCGUAGAGACACCAGUUCUGCCUCCGGUUCUGGUGCCACGACACACAGAGAUCCCAAGUGAAUUCCCCCCUCUGGACGACUAUAGCCACUCUAUCCCGGAGAACACCAAUUUCCCUGCAGGAAUUGAACCUCAGAGCAACUACAUACCAGAAACGCCUCCUCCUGGCUACCUCAGUGAGGAUGGAGAGACCAGUGAUCAUCAGAUGAACCACAGUAUGGACACAGGUUCUCCAAACCUGUCUCCGAAUCCAGUCUCUCCAGCACACAGCAAUUUAGACCUGCAGCCUGUGACGUACUGUGAGCCAGCAUUCUGGUGCUCCAUAUCCUACUAUGAGCUGAACCAGAGAGUGGGUGAGACCUUCCAUGCCUCCCAACCCUCCCUUACAGUGGACGGCUUUACUGACCCAUCCAACUCAGAGCGCUUCUGUCUGGGCUUGCUGUCCAACGUUAACCGCAAUGCAGCUGUGGAGCUCACACGCAGGCAUAUUGGCAGGGGCGUACGUUUGUACUACAUUGGCGGAGAAGUGUUUGCAGAGUGUCUCAGUGACAGUGCCAUCUUUGUCCAGAGCCCAAACUGUAACCAGCGCUACGGCUGGCACCCUGCCACAGUCUGCAAGAUACCACCAGGCUGUAAUCUGAAAAUCUUCAACAAUCAGGAGUUUGCAGCUCUGUUAGCUCAGUCGGUAAACCAGGGGUUUGAGGCUGUGUAUCAGCUGACGCGUAUGUGCACCAUCCGUAUGAGCUUUGUCAAAGGCUGGGGCGCAGAAUACAGGCGACAGACAGUCACUAGCACCCCCUGCUGGAUUGAGCUGCAUCUAAACGGGCCCCUACAGUGGCUGGAUAAGGUGCUCACACAAAUGGGUUCCCCCAGCAUCCGUUGCUCCAGCGUGUCCUAGAAAAAAUUCUCCCCUCUUCACAACCUCACAGGAAGUGUACAGACCAAAUCUAGGAAAAAAAUAGAAAUAGAAAAAGAUGGGUCCUGUCAGGGCAGAGGGUGCUUCCCAAGCCUGACGGAUCCUGUAGUCUCAGUUAUCACCCUGUCAUUGGUAGCACUUUUAUACAUGUUUGUCUCAAAGGGGAAGAGUGCAUUACACAGAACAAUGCUCGUACACAAUGUUUGUAUCAUGUCAUUUCUGUAAAAGAUUUAUUGUUUUGGUGUUGAGUUCCAAAGCAGGUAAGCAUAUGUAUCAUAGUUUGUUUUGUUUUGUUGUUUUUUUUUUUUAAAUAAAACUUUUCCUUCCUUUUUGUCUUAUAAAUUUAUAUUCGAAUUUUAGCUGUGUAUAUACACAGCA